CACCACUACAAUCAAAGGAAGAGUGAGAAAGAGAUAGGAGAGAGAGAAAAUGAGAAUCAUAACAUAACGCACAAUCGAAUAUGUCCUCCUCUCUCUCCUCCCUAUAAAUUCUCUGAGCUCACCUCACUUCUUCCCUAAUAAAACACAGCCCUCUCUACUGUUCAGUAGGGUUUAUAUGCGCACACAUACAUAUAUAUACGUAGUAUUUAUACGGAGAUAGAGAGAGAGAGAGUCAUGGAAUCGUAUACUCUGCAUCUAGCUAUGGCAGCACUUGUCGGUGCUUCUUUUGUGGCGGUCUCGGCCUAUUACAUGCACAGGAAAACCCUAAAUCAGUUGCUUGAGUUCGCGAAGACGAUGGAGAGAGAAAGAGAGAGAGACGAUGCAGCGGCGGAGGACGACUCGCCGCAGCAUUUCAAGAAGGGUGUCGCCGCGGCAGAGAAGCGGCGGAACCAUAGCCGGAGGAAAGCGAACGGCUAUUACAAGCGUGCUUCGGCGUCGUUGCCGGAUGUCACGGCGAUUUCUGCUGACGUAGAGGAGAGGAGGAACGGUCCGGUUCAUGUGGAUGGGAUUCCUGCAGGCUUGCCGAGGCUCCACACGCUUCCUGAAGGGCAAGCUGCUGGCCUUUUUUGUUCAACCAAGAGACCAGGACAUCUCAUUAGACCCACUUCUCCCAAGUCUCCUGUUGCUAGUGCCAGUGCAUUCGAAAGUGUAGAAGGGUCAGAUGAUGAAGACAAUAUGACUGAUAAUGCUAAACUAGACUCUACAUAUCUUCAUACUAAUGGAAAUUCUAAUCUACCAGAUCAUGUAAAUGCUAAUGGAGAGCAGAUGCCUAUAGCUGCCUCAAGCAUGAUUCGUUCCCAUAGUGUAUCUGGUGACCUGCAUGGUGUUCAACCUGAUCCUGUUGCAGCUGAUAUUCUUAGGAAAGAGCCAGAGCAUGAAACUUUUGUACGACUCAAAAUUUCCCCAACUGAGGUACCAUCUGCUGAUGAAGUAGAGGUCUAUCGGGCUCUGCAAGUCUGCCUUGAAAUGCGGAAGAGUUAUGUAUUCAAGGAAGGAGCAGCUUCAUGGGAGAAAGAAGUUAUAUCCGAUCCUAGUACACCGAAGCCUAACCCAAAUCCAUUUGAUUAUACUCCUGGGGGAAAAUCUGACCAUUAUUUUCAAAUGGAAGAUGGAGUUGUCCAUGUUUAUGCAAACAAAGAUUCAAAAGAGAGACUUUUUCCUGUUGCUGAUGCAACGACUUUUUUCACUGAUCUGCAUCACAUCCUUAAAGUAAUAGCGGCUGGGAAUAUACGAACUUUAUGCCAUCAUCGGCUAGUUCUGCUGGAACAAAAAUUCAAUCUUCAUUUGAUGCUUAAUGCUGAUAGAGAGUUCCUAGCUCAGAAAAGUGCACCACAUCGUGACUUCUAUAAUGUCAGAAAAGUUGACACACACGUUCAUCACUCAGCAUGCAUGAACCAGAAACAUCUUCUGAGAUUCAUUAAAUCGAAGUUGAGGAAGGAGCCCGAUGAGGUUGUUAUAUUUCGAGAUGGAACAUAUCUGACCUUGAAGGAGGUUUUUGAGAGCUUGGAUUUGACCGGGAAUGACCUGAAUGUUGACCUUCUAGAUGUUCAUGCUGACAAGAGCACCUUUCAUCGCUUUGACAAGUUCAACCUGAAGUAUAAUCCUUGUGGUCAAAGUAGGUUGCGGGAAAUUUUCUUGAAGCAGGAUAAUCUUAUCCAGGGUCGUUUCCUUGCUGAGCUGACGAAGCAAGUGUUCACAGACCUUGCUGCGAGCAAAUAUCAAAUGGCUGAAUACAGGGUAUCAAUAUAUGGUAGAAAGCAAAGUGAGUGGGACCAAAUGGCUAGUUGGAUAGUCAAUAAUGAGUUGUACAGUGAGAAUGUUGUCUGGUUGAUUCAGCUUCCACGACUGUACAAUGUGUACAAGGAGAUGGGAAUUGUUACAUCAUUCCAGAAUAUUCUUGACAAUAUAUUUCUUCCUCUGUUUGAAGUCACAGUUGAUCCAGAUUCACAUCCUCAGUUGCAUGUUUUCUUGAAACAGGAGUCACAUUUUUCAAAACCCACCAUUAGAUUUUAUACUCCUGAGCUUUUGUUGCUUUAUUGA